AUGUUGUUGUUAUUCUUUGCAUUUGCAUAUUCAUUCCAAAGAGGAUAUGGGCCUUGUGGUAGGUCCAAUAGGCAUCUUCGGAACUCCGAUUAUGACGGGGUAAUGAUGCUGAAUGUGCUGCACCGGAAUCAACCCUUAACCGUGUUUGACACCAUCCAUCCAGAAAGAAUAAGCCUACCAGCCCUACUCUCUGAGUUUUCUAAGGAGAUGAUGGAAAACCAGGUUUUUGACUUGAAGUACGAGAGCUUUUCAAAGAAGGUGUGGCUGGAGCUCAAGAAGGAGCGCUGCAUAGAAAUAGCAGACGUUCACUCCUCCCUGAAAGGCGUGAGGAUGAAGAUCUCACCGUCCUCCAUCUACUUGAAAAGGCUUCCAAACAGUGUGAAAUUCCAGCUUAUAUCGGAAGGAAAGUGUCUUACAGUUGGAAACGAAAUCAACUAUGAGGGAGUAAGCGGAUGGGCACUUUCCUUUACAGACUGCAAUCCUGGAGACAAUUCCCAAACCUUCGUGAUGAUUCCUUCACUCAAGGCCGUGCUGAAGCUUAAUGAAAAGGCUAGAACCCGUAAAAUGAUUCACAAGAUGUACGAUAUAUUCAGAAAGAUAGAGAAAAUUAUAGGCGUGGUCGAUAUAACCCGGCUUAGAAGGGCUCCUUAUUAA